AAUGACACGUAUUAUAAUAAAAGUUGUAUUUCGCCCGGAGGAGUGUGAAGAAGAAAAGAAAACGGGUUACUGCCACUGCUCCGUGAUAAGGCACCCUCACCAACACCAUCCAUCAUCAAUGCUGUGGUGAUUAGAAUUCGAGAAACAUGAGCAUGGGCUUGGCCUACAGCACGUAACCUCACCCAAACGUGGAACCUUCCAUUCCCAACUUCUCAGUCUUGAAAACUAAAACACCUCUGUUCUUUGUUUAGCUAUAUAUUCUUCUCUAUUUGUUUCUGUCUCUUGUCUUGCACUGCUCGCAGAUCCAGCCAUUGGUUCUGAAUAUGGUCAAAGUGUGGGAGUGUGUUUGAUGUUGGUUCUCAUUGGGUAGUGACGAUUGUGUCUUGUCUAAGCAUGGAUGUCGCGUAUCAUGAGGAGUACGUCAAGAACUCCAGGGGUGUACAGCUCUUUACUUGCAGAUGGCUGCCUUUCUCUUCUCCCAAAGCUCUGGUUUUCCUUUGCCAUGGUUAUGGCAUGGAGUGCAGUAAUUUCAUGAAAGGUGUUGGGACGAAGCUGGCAAGUUGCGGAUAUGCUGUCUUUGGAAUUGAUUAUGAAGGCCAUGGACGGUCCAUGGGUGCUCGUUGUUACAUCAAGAGGUUCGACAACAUUGUCAAGGACUGCAGUGACCAUUUCAAGUCAAUAUGUGCACAGGAAGAGUACAGGGAAAAGAAAAGGUUCUUGUAUGGAGAGUCAAUGGGAGGGGCGAUGGCUCUGUUAACACACAAGAAAGACCCUAGUUUCUGGCACGGCGCGAUACUUGUUGCCCCAAUGUGUAAGAUAUCUGAGAAGUUGAAGCCACAUCCUGUAGUUGUUAGUCUACUAACUAUGGUGGAAGACGUAAUACCCAAAUGGAAGAUAGUUCCUACCAAGGAUGUCAUCGAUUCAGCCUUCAAAGAUCCUAUAAAACGGGAAGAGAUUCGCAGCAACAAAUUGAUAUAUCAGCAGAAGCCCAGACUGAAAACCGCACUGGAAAUGCUCAGAACUAGCAUGAACCUUGAGGACAGUUUGAAUGAGGUGACGCUCCCAUUCUUUGUGCUGCACGGUGAGGCAGACAUAGUGACCGACCCGGAAGUGAGCCGGGCACUAUAUGAAAAAGCCAGCAGUUCAGACAAGACGAUAAAGCUAUAUCCCGGGAUGUGGCAUGGCUUAACAGCAGGCGAACCAGACGGCAACAUUGAGAUAGUCUUCUCCGAUAUCAUAACAUGGCUCGACAGGCGUGCAGGGGACGACGGCAAUACUCUCUCCAGGAAAUCAAUCAAGCAUUCCACUCCCAGCCCGACGCCUGAUGGCUUAACCGCAAUGGCAUCGCCAAUGUCGUUAAACGAGCAGAAGCACACUAAAAAACGCUCGCAUGUCAAAUAUUUAUGCGGCUUGAAAGGCCGCGGAUUUUAUCAUCAUUCAGCAGUCUAGUAUAUUUUUCCUAGUUUUAAACAGGAAAAUUGCAGAACUGAUGCUUCUGUCCAUUCACUUGUUGUCCCUCCAUGUAUAACUUAUUCUUCUGACAGUAUUGAGGAUCAACAUCCGUUAACGCAUAUGAUGUGAGGACGCUAAUGAUAGGUGAAAUUUGGUACACGGAAGCAGACUCUAUAAUUAUUUGAUUGACAAAACUCUAAUCUAAUGUACCCUCAUCUAUUAGGGGUGUAAAUGUCAUUUUACCACUAAAAAAAUGAAGAAGGCAAUCAUCAAUACGUCUCAAAGGAAUCCCGCAGCACUUGAAUGCUAUUAUCAACCAUAUCGUCCUUGUCAAAAUGAAAUAAACUUCUUUCUAAUUGCCCUCACCCGCCCAACAAAUUGGGUGCAAAAUGUAAUUUUCGGCACAUUUUGAAUUUCUCCGCACGUGUAAAAUUUCCACGCAGCGUCGGGCACGUGCUAAUACCGCUAUACAUAUUUUUAUUUUAUUUUACCGCUGUUGGCUUGGUUUUAUCUUUGCUUCACUUGGCCAAAUUGAAAAGGUUCGGAAAACCCUUGUUCGCAGCAAAACCCCAACUCCGGACUGGUCUAUAAACCCUAAGGUUAUCGCGUUGAGAUCGUAUUUGUUUGGAGCUCGUAUUCUUAGUCGAAUAUGAGUCAGCCAAUGGAUCAGGAUGCCCCCG